AUGACCGCCGACCAAACAAACGCCACCGAUAUCUCCAACGCCUAUGUUGACGCUUUUCUCACCGACCGUCCCAAGGAUGGCAUAGACCAAGUCCAAACACGUCUCCGAAAAGCACUUAAACUCAAUGAAGAACUGGCCGAGUAUUUCAAAGAACGAGCUCACGCUGAGGACCUUUAUGCAAAAACGCUCGCCAAAAUAUCCAAAAAGCAUUUUGUCUCAGAUCCAACAGCAUUGGGCAAUAUGCGUCCUAUAUGGGAGAUGCUCCAAAACGAAUUGACUGAAGUAUAUACCAUCCAUGCUGUCAUGUCCAUGAAGAUUACCGAAGACGUUGAGGCAUCCUUACGCUCCUCUAUUCAAAACAAUAACGAGUACAACACAAUCAAAACUAUGGAUGGCAGUCUGCAACGUGUUGCAAGAGAUUAUGAUGAACGUAUGGCAAGAUUAAACAAGCAUAAGAGCAAAGGCAAGAAAUCCAAUGAUGCCGACGCACGUACCCAAGAAAUGAUGAAGGCAGUUGAAGAAGUGAAAGCUCAUUGGAUCCAAAAUGGUCCUGAUUAUAUCCAAAAACAUCAAUCAGUGGAUGCCAGUCGUUGGGAUAGUUUGAGAACAGCCAUUCAAAAGUUUGAAGUAUUGCAAAACGACCAGAUGCUGAAGCGAGUGGAAGUUGCCAACAACGUCUUGACAGCAGCCAGCAAUUUCAAUGUGGAUGAUGAAAUCCUUUCUUUUUGCACCACCAACAAAAUGUCGUCGUCGACCACGAUCCCUCGUUCAGAGCAAUCCAUGUUAUCCAUUGAUUCAGCAACACCUAGCGAAUCUCUAUCAGUGCCCCAGGACCACAAUGGACAUCCUUCUUUGGGAGGAGGGCCUACCCCUGUACCAAGUAUUUCAGAACAAAGUCAUCGAUCAACGGGGGCGACAAGUGCCAAAUCUACAGGCGGCAAAUCGAUCGGUGCCAAAUCCACAGCGAGCAAAUCAGGUGCAGGAAAGAAAGCUGGAAAGGAUAAGAAAUUCUUUUCGGGUUUAAUGUCGAUUCGACGCAAGACGAGAGCCGCUGACAACAAUGGAUACGUUAAUGCCGACUUGUCACCACCCGUUAUGCAACAUCAUGAUCAACAUAGCAGCUCCAGCUUUGGUAUGGUUGACACUGGUAGCUCCAUCUCCAAUGGUUUCAGCUCUGAGAGAGAGGAUCAUCACACACCCAAUCAAGAUGAAAGCGUAUCUCCUGCACCUACAUCACCUACUUCACUUGGAACAGCAUCCAUCAAAAAGGCACCUAGCUUCUCAGGCAGUCUUGCAAGUAAUCAACCUCCCAAGGUGCUAAUCGAUGCUGAAGGUUACACUAUCCCACCUCCUGAUCGUGCUGCAUGGCCUGGUGACACUUCCUUGAUCGACGACGAUUUUGGAUCCGAUAGUGGCAGCAUGUUGAGUGCACAGCAACGAUUAAAGGUGGACAUCAAAACCGAGGUCAAAGAGGAAGAUGCAGCUCAAUCAGCUGUUGCAUUGACACGUGUAUCAUCCAUGCUCAAAGAAAAAAGUACAACAACAUCUACUCGUCGUCGUGGUCGUCGUGAAAAUCGUGCAACUCGAUUAUUGGAUCCAGUGCAAGAAGCCAAAGUGCCAGUGACAUUGACCGAUGGACCUGUACAACUAGCAGAUGGUGGCCCUGUCACUUUGACCGAUAACAACAAUAGCAGCCCUAUCAUUCAAUCACAAUCACCUUUUGAUGAUACAACAACAAGUGCUCCUGCUGCUGCUGCUUCUAUUGCACCACCCGAUGUUCAAGUGCGUAUGAACGAGACCAUCCAUGCAUUACUCAAAGGCGGCCAAUUGGAUCGUGCAGCAGUGAUUGGUGAAAUCAAGGUGGUAUACCAUGGGCCAGAAAAAGUACAACAACCCGUUUAUUUGCACAUCAAUGGUUUGGAUGCUAUGGAGCAAGUGACACCCAAUACGAGCUAUUUGACAAGCGUUGAAGGAGAACCUGGUGUCUAUCAAUUGGAUACAAGCAUGUUCCAUUUGGCGGGUGAUAGUCCUGUGACAUGUAUCAAGUAUCAGUUACCUGUGGAUGAGAAGGCAUUGCCCAUUUGGGCCCGGCCAAUGUGGAAAUGCGAGGAUGAGCAAACGCGGUUACUCGUAAAGCAUCGCAAGACGAGUGACAACAUUUUGGAGAAGGAUGUGCAUGGCGUAUUCUUCAUGACGACGGUGAGCGGGGAUGUGCAAAACGUGCAAAGUAUCCCCGCAGGUCAAUGGAUGGUGGAACAAGAACGCAUGGUAUGGCCUAUGGGUGAAUGGCAAGAUCUUGAGGAGCACAUGCUACGAGCCAAGUUUAUUACCAAGCAACAAGGUGGACCCCAACCUAUCGCUAUACGCUUUGAAGGCAAGGAUUGGCUUGUAUCCAACGUAACCAUGGCAACAUCAUCACAACAAGAACGCGUUGAUGGCGGUCUAUGGGCUAAUAUUCAAUCGAUCGAACAAUCAGUGCGUACAGGCAAAUACAUUGCUGAAGCAUGA